GUCUCCGUUUAUUUAAACUGUCAAUCAGGAGAUAUUAGCAGUAGCACAUAGCAUGUGCUCCAGUUCUCCAACCUGAUCUAUACAAAAUAAUAGUGUUAGCAUGCAUAAAAUGUUAUGAAGGCGUAAUAGCAACUCAAAUAAAAAUAUCCAAACAUCUAUCAUUAAUACAGAAGGAAAAAUAAACAUUUGAACAAUAUAAAUGAAAGGAUUAUAAAACUUGCCUCUCCUCAGUGAAAUGAAUAACAAAAGGGAAGAGGAAAUUAAUAACUUAAUAUUUAUAAUAGUCCUGGAGAAUACUGAACAAAAGAAGAAAGUAAGGCGGAGCUGGAGGACCAAACCUCUUAUAGUAGACACAGAAGAACACAAGAACAGUCAAGUAUAAGUGGAAAAUACAUUAAAGAACACAUUUUGUGUAAAUAUACAACUAUUAAUAUUGACCCAGUUGCAUAAGGGAGCGACUAAAGUAUCGGGAAAAAGUGAAGUGGACAAAAGGAAGUUGAAAGAAUCCAACAAAAAUUUGUAGCAAAUAUAAUUGAUAAACUUUGAUCUCAUAAGUUCUUUAUGCCAACAAAUCUAAUUUUAAUUUUGUAUUUGUUGGUGUAUUGCUUUGAUAAUACCAUUUUUUUAAAGCAAAAGUUAUAUUUCUGUUUUUCUUGACUUUGGCAAGACAGCUUUCUAUGUAACAUAAAUCAUAGUUGAGGGAGGGCUAAAAUAUUUUAUUUCUACAUCCUACUUGUCGAAAAAGGUUAAUUGGAGGGUGGUAAUGCGGGAUGUAGUGCGUCAGUGAGAGAAAAAACGAGGACAGAAAGAGAUACAAUAGCCUGUCAAUAGAGAUUUAUCUUUUCUGCUCUAAUUCACCUGCAGCGGAAUAGCAUACGUCGAUACAUCCUCUCUCUCUCUGUUCUCUCUCUACCUAUCUCCGUCUCACACAAACACGCGCCGUGGCCGUGAGUUUCAUAUGCGUUCCACCUCCCGCAGCGAGUGGCCGCCUGGCUACUCGCGCUGCCGUUGGGAAGAGGGAGAGACGAAUGCGCGCGCCGUGGCCGUCUGGAAAUGAUUUCGUUUUGGCUGCUUUGCUGGAAGCUGCUGAGAGCUACAGCUGGGUUUAAAAGAACGAUACCUGAACUGACGGACAGAAACCACGACAACAGCCCCUCCUCCAACAACAAUCUUGCCUGUGACUUUUCUACGCUUGCAUACCCACGGAAUCUGGUUGCCAUGGAGAUUAGUCCCUCAAGUACAGCAACAGACCUAGAGACAGAUAAUUUCUUUAACUGUGGCAAUCAGGAGUUACAGGAACUCCCAGAUCCAAAAGUUCCAAAAGUGGAAGCAGUGGUAGAAAACAGAAAUGAGAAAAGAGAUGAAUGUGACUACCUUUAUUUUAUAACUGAAGAGGAGAAGGGAAAGGAAGUACAGGAUGACAGUGAACAAGAGGAGGAAGAAGAUGGUGGGAGAGUAAAAACUGAAGGGGAAGAUGAAAGAAGAUGGGAAGUGGAAGGACAGGAUGAUCUAAGAAUAGACCUAGAAGGAGAUAUUCAACAAGGAAGAAACAUAGUUGAGCACAGAGGGAGAGUAGAGGGGGAAGAUACACAAAAAGAAGAAUCAGAAAAUUAUAUUCUGGGGAAAAGAGAAAUAGAAGGGGCGGAUGAAGGUAGAGAAGGCACAGAUAAAGUAAAUAUAUGGAUAACAGGAAUUCUGGGAGAAAUUAAGCGAGAUGCUUCAUCAGAUCAGAUUUUCGUUAAUGAAAAUCCACAAAGUUUGUUGUCUGAGCCCUCAGUUAUCGCUUCAGAUCCACCAGAAUCCACACUACAGGAGGCCUGGAGACAUGACUUAGACAACAGAGAUGAUCUCAGUGAAAGCCACCUCAGUGACUGCCUCAAAGCAGAGCUGGCUGUUGUGUACUCAGACAGUGAUGUUGGGGAGGACCAAUGGCUAGCCUUAGCUCAUCGUGAUGAGACUGACCAUUCAAAAGAAAACAGAGAUUAUGCUGAUGACACAUGCAUUGCACAGAGCAUGAAGGAUGAUGAAGUGGAAGAAGUACAAACUGAAGUGUUGAAGUUGGAAGAAGGAGAGGUGAAUAAGCAAAAUGAGAAGAAGAGUAAAGUCAUGGAGGACAGUGAAGAACAGAUGAAGUCAAGAAGAGAUCUUUUCCUGCACUCUCCUUCGGUGAGCUCCACAGCCAGCUCAACCGACCCUGAUAGGAGGAUUCCUUUAGAUUUCUAUGUGCAACAGGAGACCCUCAGUGAGAAUGUCUCUACUGAGCAUGUGGACUUUUUGGUUGCUCGCCAGCAGUGGAAGAAGAUGGAGGAGGAGGUCAAAGGUCUGCCCAUCCCCAAACCAGGACUGGGAGCUAAGGGGAGCUUCCAAGGCACCCAUUCUUCUUUGUACCCCCCAACUCGAAGCCCCCAUCUCAAACACAGGGAAAUUCAACCCCCCAUGUACAAAGAACCUCCUCUGUCCUUCACCCUGUCCCCCGGUUCUGAGGACUCAGGCUUGGAUGACUCUUCAUUUCGCAGCGUUCUGGAGGAACCAGAAAAUUCUGUGGAGAGGGAGAUCCGACUGACAUUAGAAAGAGAAGAACAGCACCAAAGGGAGAGGGGAGUGAUUGCUCAGGGCCUGACGAUACCCAGUCUAUACACCCUAGGGACAGAAGGAUCUGUGCCAAGACCUCCAGUCUUUCGUACCCCUACUCUGUCCAUCUCUCCAUCCCCCCCCUGCUCCUCCUCUCUCCCCCGAUCAAUGUAUCAUGAAAUGACAGCCAAAAACGUCAUCAUUCUUGAACCCGACUCCUCUGGCUCCAGCUCCAGGAACUACCUACUCUCCUCUGCUAUCAGUGGCCUCUCUGAUUGGUCUCCCAGUCUUGAUGUGGCACCCUCAGAAAAUGUCAUUGUGGUGGAGACCUCCAAUUUGAUCAUUCGCAGUGCUUCUGAGUUUUGCCUGAGUUCUGGGCCUCCGCCUGUAGAGACACAGGAGAGUACUUUCUCUUCUAAUCCAUUCUUCAAGUUGCGUUCCAUCAGCAGUCAGUCUCUAGUGGAGCAAGAGAUCAAGAUGGUGAGGCAGAGAGAAGAGGAGUGGAGGAGGCAAAGGGAGGAACUGUGGCGAAGAAAACAAGAGGAAGAGUGGAGGACAGGGAGAGAGCGGUAUGACACUGUCCUGGUGUCACCAAGCCUAAACGAAAACAUCACUUUCAGUGUGCCAGUGGUUCCAGACAGAUCUGUUUCCUCCCCAUCAUCGCCUUCCAGACCACGGAAAAUGGAACGCUCUAGUUUGUCUUGUGACCACAAGGGCCAUGUAGAGACCUUUGGAAAGGCAGGGGCUCAAAGUUAAGAAGAAGCACAUUGAACAAGAUACAGUAUUAAAACAUGGUACAACAACCUAUAUUAAUCAACAUCUAAUAUUUAAUUGGAUCAUACUGUAUUGUUGUCAUCAUGUGGGGACAAAUGUAGUCUAAUGUUUCCCUCGAUAGGUAUACGUUGCUGUUGUGGGGUUUAUGCUGCUGACAGUGUUUGAGGACUGCAGUCUGGCUGUCUGCUCUGGUCUGUUUUUAAACAAACCAUAGGAGAGAAGGCCACUGGUUAUGAAGUAUGUGAUGAAAUAAGCAAAUUUCCUGAUAUUUUACUCAAUAAAUUAUAAUAAUAUCUGACUGUUUACCCUCCAAAGCAACCUGGAUGCAGACUGCUUUAAAGACCAAAAACACUCAAGGGGUUUAACGCUACAUAACUUUUUGAUGUUACCACCUCUGAGAGAUGUAGAAUUGUAAGACUGAGUAAUAUCAAAGCAAAGAAGACUCAGUAGUCUUCCUCUCCCUGAAUGUCUGGUUGAUAUGUGAUGUGACAUAUGUGACAUAUCAACCAUUAUACUGUAUAAAUGGUUGAUAUGUAACACAAUCCAUAGAUCUAAAACUUUAGCAUUUGUCUAUUGAGAAUGACAAUACUAUUCAAUCUUAUUUAAUCCAUUCACCAGAGAUAAAAUAAAAAAAAGUGCCACUAUUACGAGGAUAAUUACAAAAAUAAAUACAACAAUUUUUCUAACGUCAACAUUAGAUCUACGUUUUUAUUCACAAACCAGUGUAUAUUGGAAAAACUAUAUUUUCUUGCCCAUAAUCUGAUAGUUAGAGGGUGUGGUUCUGCCCUCUCAUCCUUAUCAUGGGCCUGGUGUCUUAACCAGGGCCACUUUGGGGCACUGAUAUACGUUAUGAAUUGUAAUCUCCAGGGGUCUCCUUCAUAAAACAUUGCGUAGGAUCUAUAUGAAAAGUGUACAUUUGCCCCAAAACUGAGGUUUGAUUGUCUCAGACUUUGACAUAUUUUAUGUGUUAAUCUGGAGCCCACAUCACCUUGGUUAUCUUCCAGGGAGAGGAAGGUAAUGGUGAGAAAACUUUGCUGAGAUGUUGUGUGGACUUUGAUUUAAGAUUUAAUUAGGUUUGAUGGCCAUUUUUUUUAUUUGAAUGGUCCUUAUGUACAGCAAUGGCUCACCAGUGGUAGCAUAAGUAACACUGCUGUACUGCUUAGAAUAAAGUUGAUCUGUAAUAAAAGUUUGACUGUGGAAUGAACUUAAAUGUCUGAGAUUAAUCAUGAUACAGUAUGGCUUCAAUUUCCCACCUUAGUGUCUGUCACCAGUUUAACCACCGUCUCCAAAACCAAUUCCUGUAAAGUUUUUUUUAUAGAUCACAAGCUUUGUGUGGAAAAUGACCUACGCCAGUGUCAGACCCAAUUUCUGUGUAGACAUGUUUAUAAACAAGACCCCUGAUGAUUGAGUAUGAUCAAUAUUAAAAUAAAAUGUGAUUGUGAUGUCACAGCAAAUUCAGCAUAUCCAGUUCUGUUGCAGAAGAACACUGUGGAUUUACAACCUUCACCUUAACUAUAAAAAUGAGAGAAAAGUCAGAAAUAGCAAACAUACUUGGAUGUGGCAUGACUUUGUGUUGCGAAAAUGUUUAUGGUUAAAAAUUAUAAUAUAUUUUAUUUAUAUAACCCUUCUCAAAUAAUCAAACACACUUUACAGGAAUCAAGUAAAAUUACAAACAGAGCACUUAAGUACAACAAACAAAAUAAAUUUAAAUAAAGUAACACUUAAAUACAUAGCAUUGUUUUACUCUUUUAUAGAAGGGUAAAAACAGGACACUAUUCAUACAUCAGAAGCAGUUGAUUGUGUUUUGAGAAAAGAUUUGAAUGUGGAUAGAUGUGUUCAGGCACAAAUGUUUUUGGGCAGAGAGUUCCCAAAGGUGGGCACAGCAAGAGAGAAGGAAAACUAUCACCCUUGGUCCAGUGCUUGGUCCUAUGUGAUGGAGACAGGCAGUUGAACAUCAAAAAUAAUCAUACAUCAGUUCAUCUGUUUCUUGUGCAUUCUGCUCUGCCUUAUCAAACCCCCAGUCGGUGUUGGCAGAUCUCUGCUUGAAGUGAGACAGUGUCUACUUGAAUGUUUUUCCUGUUUAAAGGGACUUUUUCCUCUCCACUGUCGCAUACAUGCUUGGUAGGAGGGAUUGCUGUGAAGUCAAUGACAAUGCUAAUGAUUGUCACUACGUGCUCGUCCAGGAGGAGUGAAUGUUGCAAGUCAAUGACUUGAUGCAAUGUCCUGGGUUUUCUUAGAUACUAAGUUUCUUUCUAAGACUUAGAAAGAAACUCUUUUGUCUACUUUGUUCAAGCAUCCAUCCUUUAAUUGAGCAUACUGUACUGUUUGAUAAAUAGGAUUAAUUGGAAUGUAUGUGUGAUUAAUGUGUGAUUAUAAUUAAAAUUAUAUUUUUGUAAAAUGUCUUGAGAUGACAUUUAUUGUGAAUUGCUAUCUCACUAUGACAAUUCAAUUUAAAUUUAAUUGAAUUGGUUGGCAUCAGAGUGGAGGCUGCAGGAAGAAGUGUGACGGUGGAGCAUCUUGGUGAUGUUUAUGAGUAAGAUAUCUGGAUAUGCUGAGGGACAGGGAGCUUCUGGAUGAUGUGGUCCUGGAAGCGUGUGUGGGUGAGCAGGUGAGCAGCAGAACAUUUUUGAGUUUAUUGAAGACUUGAUAGUGAACCAUAGAUUACUUGUUACAGUAAUCAAGUCUGGAGAUGAUGCAGGCAUGGAUGAGAAUUUCAGCAGCUGAGAAGGGGAGUGAUGGGCAGAGGCAAGCAACAUUUUUCUAAUGAGAAAAGGUGGUUCUUGUGAUGUGGUUGACAUAGAGUUCAAGGGAGAGGUUGAUGUCGAAAGUGACUCCAAGGUUGCAGAUGUGAGUUGAGGGAGACAAAGUGAUGCUCUCAGUGGUGAGACUGUAAGGGAUUGGAGACCAAUGAGGUUGAUGUCUGACUUGUCACAGUUGAAUUUGAAGAACUUUGAGUGCAACCAUAAUUUUAUCUCAGUAAGACAGCUGGUCAGGAUGGAGUGAGAUGCAGUUUGAGGGUUUUACACAAACCAGCCAGAGAAACGCUGAAUGGAUUCCAAAAAAUAUACAUUUUUAUUAAUAAUGAAUGAAUUAAUUAAUUAAAAAGUCCAAAAAUAAUUCAAAAAUGAUUAAUUGGGCCCAAAACUGAGGUCAUCAUAAACUACAACUCAGGUAGUAACACAAAGAACUCAAGCACAAACUGACUAAACAAACAAGACAUGAGGGGAACUUAAAUAGUGACUGAUGAGACCACUGCUGACACACAAGGGUGUAAUUAAACAUACAAGAACUUAUACAAAUACUGGUCAACACAAUACUAAAUCUUUAAAUUAAAUAAAUACUAUUAGAACUGAACUAACUGCCAAAAAGAAGAAACAUUAAAGAAAUAGUAAAAUUAAACUAAAGAAAACCAAAUUUCCCCUUCCCCUGGCAAACAAAUGGAAUGACCACUGAAGAGGUUUGCUAGCCAUAUAAGGACAACAAUCAGCUGGAUCUCUUCUAUGUGCCACUCCAGCAGAAGCUCCAAAAGAAACUGGUAACUCAAAACAAGAAGAAUUAAGUUACUAUUCACAUCUCGGUGUGACGGUAGGGUCAGCUGUCACAUGCAGUUUGAUGAAUUUGGUGGAGAUGUAGAGCUGGACAUCGUCAGCAUAGCAGUGGAUGUGGAGGCCAUGGCAGCGGAUGAUGGAACUUAGAGCUAUCUUUUACAGAAUCAAGAGUAGAGGGCCAAGCACCAAACCCUGGGGAACACCUUGUGAUAGAAGGGUAGUGGAGGAGAUGCAAAUAUCGAUGCCGAUGAAUUGUGCCUGUUUGUGAGAUAUGACUGUAACCAGGAGAGGCUUGCAUUUCCUACCUCCUCAGCAUGUCAGUGUUCUACAGUGUCCUCUAAUGUUCCAUCAUUUGAUCCAGGUGUGUUGCAGCGUAGACAUAUUUAAAAGAUGCUGGACACUCACUCUUGAGGACUGGAGUUGAAGUCCCCUGCACUAGGGUCACAUUCAUCCAUUCCCACUCACAAACACAUUGGAGAGACAGACAACCACAUAAUCCAACAUCAAAAAUAAUCAUCUAUUUUUGACAGUCUUCUUCAAACUAACAAGAGUUAAUUUGAUUUAUUGUAUAACUUGACUCAUUAUUUGUUAUAAGAUUUUAAUGUUACGUUACAGAUUUUUUUUCCUCUCAUUCAUUUAUUCACUUGUUGCACUGUAUUGUGAAUGUUCUGAUUUGUUAAUCAGUUGGACUGAUUAUCAGUUUGUUCAUGGUUUUUCUCAUUUUCUACCUGUUACACCUUCAUUCUUUAUUCAAUCAUACUUGUUCCACCCAUGCUUGUGUGCAUCCGUCCAUCCAUCUGUCCGUCCGUCCUUCCGUCCAUCCAUCCAUCCGUCCGUCCGUCCGUCCGUCCGUCCGUCCGUCUAUCCAUUAAUGCAUUAAUCCAUGGCUCUUUGCUCCAGUGGUUUAGCUGAAUUUCCCCCUCCUUCCAGUUUCCCCUUUCCCUGUCUUCAGUUCCACGUCGUCAGAAAGUCAUGGCACAGCGGUGGGAGGCCUCGCUCUUAGCCAAUCAGAAGAAGGAGUAAAUGGAAAGAGUUUUUAACUGUUGGCUUUUUUUAAAGCCAUGAUUGCUUUUCUUUGUUGCACCCAUUAGGGCAAAAUGAUCUUGUCUGCCAACGGCAAAUUUUGAUUUCAGUAUUUGUCAAAUGCCAAUAUGUGUUAAAACCCAAUGUCUGUUUGUUGUUUGUAAAAUGUCUGUUUGUUGCUAAAAUGCACAAAGGCAGAGGAAUGUAUGGUGGCUUCCAGUAAGAUUUGUUAAAAAAAAUAUGGAAAUGUACCUGUUUUUGCUUUCCCUAAAGACUGUUUAGAAAGUGCUUGUAACAUUGUGUUUUGCUGGAUGAUGUAUGACAUACUGUUCAGUUCUUUUUCUUUUUGACAUACUGGCCUGUUCAGAUCUCAAAGAUUUCCACAGAGCCGGCCUAAGGUUGUAUGAUGCACCAAAUAACUUUUAAUUUGGCUACUCUUUGGUUACCGCCUAGAAAUUUGUAAAAAAUAAAUAAAUCACAACAAUUAUGAAAACUGUGCAGAAUUUCUGCUAAUGUGUAGAUUUUUGAAAAAACAUUAAUGUCAAAACAAAUUACAGUUAUUUAACUGAACACUGAAAUAAUUUGAAAAUGUUCUAAAUCAUAUAUGUAGCUUAAAAAUAAAAUAGUGUUUUAAAACUGAAUUUCUGGAGUCAUGUAUGUCCCUCAGUUUAUGUUUUAAAAAAAUUACUAAAAAGUCACUAACUAAAUAAAAAAAAGUUGAAUAUAUUUACUUAUUUUUACAUAUGGGCUUAUAAGUUGUUUUAAAAUUGUCUGACUUUUUAGUUUUUAAUUUUUUCCUUUAUUUAGUUAAAAGGUCAUACUGAUCAGUUCAGAAUAUGACAUGUUAAAAAAUAAAAAGAGGGCAGAAAAUACAGAAACUUCAAAAAGGCAUCCAGGUUGCAAUCUUUGUCCAAUACAACAAGGUUAUUAAAUUCUUAAAAACUUACAACAUGGUUGGAUCAAAUAUGAACUACAUGCUGAUAAAGCUUGUGCCUGUUUUACAAGCCACAUAACAGAAGAUGUUGGAAAACAUUAUCUAACAAGUUAUUUGGUUGAUUAAAAAAAAUCAUCUCUUGUUAAAGCAAACACAGUUUGAUCAUCAUAUUUUAACAAUAACCCCAAAUUUCUUUAACAUGCAUGAAAAAAACAAAACAAAACAAAAAGUGUGUGUUGUGUGAAUCUCCAUAUGAUUUAUAAUGUGAUAGCACUUGUGCAUGGUUAACAGAUUUAAGAUUUUUGAAGGUUUUAAGAGGAAUUCUAAUUCUGAGAGCUAAAUACUCACUGAGAAGAGAACAGGAAUGAUGUAAAAGAAAACUUCUUCUUAGGAAAAGUAAGUAAUUAUUACUUACCUCCAAAACUGUGUUCUGAGAGGGAUCAAUCUAGAGUGGAGGGCCUAGUCAGCUACUUAAUUUGCUUCUGCCUGUGGCCGGCUCUGUAUUCCUCUACUAGCAUUGGCUAUAAACUUGUAUAACUUCAAAUAUUCUACAUUAUGCUACCUUGUGUUUUUCUUCUAUUUAAUUGUCACAAACCCUUAAGUAGCCUAUGUUAUGGAUUAUAAAACCUGUCCAUCAUGUAUUUAUUCAGUUUAUUGAACAUAAUUUACUGUAAUACAAUUUUUAGUUGUUACUGUAGUACCAAUGUACUGUAAAUUUUUUUCAUUUAAAGUACAUUUUCUGCGUAGAAACUUUGCAGAAACUUGAUUAGCAGAAAGAAACGUAAUUUUUGAAAACCGUUGCAUUUCAAGUAUAAGUCUUUGAAAAUCACUGUCUGAAUGAAGUACUCACAUGCUAGAGUCAGCGAUUAAUGGUUUUUUCCUCAUUUCAAUUCUAGCCACUCAGAUACCUCUUUCCUGAGACCUGACCAAAAGCAUGUCCAGAUUUUAGGACUUGUUUUGUUUCAUAGCAGUGUUUUCUCAUGAGCAUAAUUAGAAUAACAAUGUGUUCAGUUGUAAGCUAACAAGGCUCUUUAAAUGUUUGUCAAAAUUGAUGCUUCAGGUUCAGGAUGCUAGCGUCAGCAGGAGCAAAUAAAAGGAAGUUAAAAA